UAUUCAUAUAUUUUUAUAAAAGGAAUAAAGAAACCACAAUUGAAUUGAUUUUGUAAUCAAUUGUUUCUACUUUUAUAAUAAUAUGCAUUUAUAUUAUUGUAUAUUUUAGCAAUUCAAUUGGAGGUUUGAAAUCCGCGUUUAGAACUUGGAAAACAUUGAGAGAUGAGAAAAGCAUAAUUAGAAUUAGACCAAGUUCAGAUUGUGGUCUCUGGUGGGAGUGGUUGAGGGAAGCUUCAUCGGAGCGGUGCCUAUGGAUUUGUGUCAGAUUGUGCCUCCCAAUCCUCACAGAAUCUAAAUCUAACCCAAAAGAUUAGACAUUUCCAUUGCACGGACGUUCUUUUGUCUGCGGGCGGGUUCAUCUCUUCUUCUCUUCCUAAUCCAAAAUCACAAAAAAAAAAAAAAAAAAAAAAAAAUUCAUUACUUUUCUUCCUUCCUUCCAGUCCAGUUAUAAAUUAUAUAUAUAUAUAUUUCUUUGUUUUUUGUCUCUAUAUAUAAGUUUGUACAACUUAGUUGGAGUCAUUACUUGUUAUAUCGAUCUUAAGUGUCUGGAUCUAGAUCUGGAUUGGAUCUUCAUUUUAUCUGAAUAUUGAUCAUUUAUAUAUUAAUUUAUUCAUAUGGGGUUUGAAUUUCUCAAGUUCAAUUGUCUUGGAUUGGGCCGACGAGCCAAUAAACGGAAACAAAUACAUAAUAGUAAUAGCUCUACUGGUUCUGCAACUGGGAAUAAUGGGAAUGGGAAUGGGAAUGAUGAUCAUAUUAUGGUGGAAGACCAACAUUAUUCUAGUUCUCCAAUUAGGAAAUUUAGCUGGGAUGAAAUUAAGAGGUUCACCAUGAAUUUUUCUAGCUCUAGAGUCAUUGGAUCUGGUGGUUUCAGCACUGUUUACUUGGCUGAUCUCACCUCUUCAUCUAUGACUACUAGUACUAGUAAAACUCAUCAUCAUCAUCAUCAAAUUGCUUCUGUAAAGAUGAGUAAUGGCAGCCGAAGCGUUUUCAAACAGGAAUUGGACAUCUUACGCCACCUUCACCAUCGCAACAUCGUCAACCUAAUCGGAUAUUGUGACGAUCAAGAGGACGAGGUAAGCGGUGGUGCCCUUGUAUUGGAGUACGUCUCCAACGGCAGCUUGCAAGAGAAGCUCCAUGGAAAAAGGCAUGGGACAAAUGAUAACAAGACCUUAAUACCGUGGAGAAAGCGCAUGGCCAUAGCUGCCCAGCUUGGGGAGGCACUGGAGUACCUUCACGACAAGUGCGGCACCAGUUUGCCAGUCGUUCAUGGUGACAUCAAAGCUUCCAAUGUUCUUCUGGACCAUAAUCUCAAUGUCAAGCUCUGUGAUUUUGGGUCUGCCAAGAUGGGUUUUUCUUCCACUGUAGUACUCAGCAGGAAUACUCGACCUCGAGUGUUGAUGGGCUCCCCUGGCUACACCGAUCCUCACUAUCUCAGAACCGGCAUACCUUCAAAGAAGAACGACGUCUAUAGUUUCGGAGUCAUACUUCUCGAGCUGGUCACUGGGUUGGAGCCAUUUUCCUCUGAGAGACCGACCCAACUGUUGACCUCUCUGCUGGGGCCCAUGCUCCUCGACGAUGCCGCCGACGAUGACCAUGCUCGAGUGGUCGACCCCCGCCUUGGCCGAGACUUUGACCAGGAAGAGGCCAAGGUUUUGCUUGCACUGUCGGCUGAGUGCCUCCGUCACCCGCCCACUCUCAGGCCUUCCGCCGCUCAGAUCUUGGAAACAAUAAACAACCAUGUCUCUAUUCACGAGGAUGACAAAGAGAAGAAACCUAGUCACCACUAGUCACACAACCCAAUGAGCUUCAUGAUAUCACUCAAAAGUCAAAACAUCAUUGUAAAUUAUUCACCAUUCCAGAAGCUGCAAAUUUUAUUUUCACUAUUUAAAAAAUUACUUGAAACUCUUAUACUUGUACACAUAGCACAGUUACGUACGUCCACUUGUUCAAAGUAAUAAAAUAGUGUUGCCACUUGUAAA